UCGGCACGGCGCGGCUCGGGGCGGCUCGGGCAUCACCCUGGGAAUAGAGAAAUACCUGGAAACGAAGGUUUGAGCGGAAACAGGCCUCAACAACAGCUUCGUGUUUUUGAGGGGGGUUUUUUUGCACACAGGCGAGGACGGGGGGAGUGCGCCCACCGCGUUGCGGGUGUAUGUGCGUGCGUUUGGAUCACGAUGAUGCAAAGUGCGGCGGUUCUACCGACAGAGAGUCCUGUAAAGAGUUUACCGGAGAUUCUCGGUGUUCCACUGCAGCAGAUCCCUCAGUGUGCAGGCUGCAGUCAGCACAUCCUGGAUAAGUUCAUCCUGAAGGUGCUGGACAGACACUGGCACUCCAAGUGCCUCAAGUGCGCAGACUGCCAGACCCCGCUGGCGGAUAAAUGUUUCUCCCGGGCAGGCAGCGUCUACUGCAAGGAGGACUUUUUCAAGCGUUUUGGAACAAAAUGCGCGUCGUGCCAGCAGGGCAUCCCUCCGACGCAGGUGGUGCGGAAGGCGCAGGACUUUGUGUAUCACCUGCACUGCUUCGCCUGCAUCAUGUGCAGCAGACAGCUGGCCACCGGCGACGAGUUUUACCUCAUGGAGGACGGGAGGCUGGUGUGCAAGGUGGAUUAUGAGACCGCCAAACAGAACGAUGAUUCAGAGGGUGGAACCAAACGACCAAGGACCACCAUCACCGCCAAGCAGCUGGAGACCCUCAAAAGUGCCUACAAAAACUCGCCAAAGCCAGCCCGCCACGUCAGAGAGCAACUGUCCUCUGAGACAGGCCUGGACAUGAGGGUGGUGCAGGUUUGGUUCCAGAACCGGCGAGCAAAGGAGAAGCGUCUAAAGAAAGAUGCCGGUCGCCACCGUUGGACUCAGUUCUAUAAAAGUGUCAAACGCAGCAGAGGAGGAACCAAAGUGGAGAAGGAGAGCUCGGCUGAUGAUGCAGGGCUCAGCGACAGCGAACUGAGCUUCAGAGACGACCAAGUCUUGUCUGACCUCAGCCACGCAAACGGCCUUUACGGGAGCGUGGGAGACAUGACCAACAGCGCCGUCCUGAACGGCGGCUUCUCUGUCGACGCGGCGGGACAGCCCUACCAAGACAUCCGGCCAGGGAGCCCCUAUGGUCUACCGCAGUCACCUUCCUCCAUCACCUCCCUGCCCGGCCACACACCUCUCCUCAACAACCUGACCUUUAACAUGGACAGUCUGGUGGCGCAGGGGGGGCCGGGCGGAGUGGGACAGGCUCUGAGGGCCAUGGCGGGGGGCCCCACCUCAGACCUCUCCACGGGGAGCAGUACGGGAUACCCUGACUUCCCCACCAGCCCGGCCUCCUGGCUAGAUGAGAUGGACCAUUCCCAGUUUUGAGCCUCCAGCUCAGCAGAAGAACCACUAUGAGGAUUUAUCAAAAGGACACGACAGAUGUGUUUUGUUUUUUGUUUUCUUUUACAUUUCUUUACUUCACUCUGCAAGACUGCUGUGCUUUGUGUUGCUCGGUGGAGAGGAAAAGCUUGACUGGAGUCCGAACAGUGAGAUAACAACCAGGUUGGAAGAUGCAGACUGAGCUUAAGCAGUAAAGCAACACCUGAAUGUUCAAUCUCAACACUGCAUCAUCACAAUUUUUUAUUUUUUAAUUAUUGCCUGUUUUUAUUUUGUUCAAUCGCUACAAAGGAGACUAAACUCCACAAACACUGGUGGACUGUGCUCAAACACACAAGUCAGGGCCGUCAUUUGUACCGGGCCCAGAAGGCAGCUGCAUGCUUCUGAUUCACAAUGAGUUGAACUGCUGGCCGGCCGUACCGGAGCCUUCACAUUGGCAUUGCACUUUACUCUCCUCUUCUUUUUCUACGUGAACGGACAGGAGUGCAGAGGAGAGAGACAUAUGCACAAGGCAAACAGUGUUUCACUCGGAGAAAAACUUACAAGAGCAGUGGCACAAGUGUGAAUCUAGAAACAUGCUCAUGUUUUUUUUUUUGUUUAGCUUUUUUAUGUGUUACCGACAAAGUGUUUUGAGAAAUGGUCUGAUCUGCUGAUCUGUGCAUCCAGAAAUUGUUUUAAUGAGGGUGUUUUGAGGUUUUGAGACAAAGUGGUCAUAUUUACAGAAUUUAAUCUGAGUAAAAGACGCUUCAGAGAAGAAAUCCGUUAGUAUUAAACCUUUUUUCACACGAGGAGCCAAAACUUUCAGUAUAGAUCAUAUUUCUGCAUUAAUUUAUUCUUCAGAUGCAAAAAUAUAAAACAUGCUGUUUCUGUAAUAAAUAAAAACACCAAUAAGUAUUAAAAGAAACAAAGAAACGGCCCUUUGUGUUUGCUCUCUUCAGGCAGAUCCAGCCUUCUCCUGAUAAUCUUCUCAGUCAGCAGCAGCCUCAGCUUUGCCUGCUGUCAACCUACUUCCCCCAACUCCAGAUGUGAUGUCGGCCCUUUGUACCAGAGGGAUUAACACAGUCUGCCACAUUCAGAGCUGAUAAUUCAGCAUCUGAGCUGGAUCGGCUGCAGAGAUCAGUCACCGUCAGCUCCAGCUUCACAAGUUAUUUGCUACAAGAAGAAUAUCUCAAAAGUAAAUCCCCCGUGAGCUUCAUUUAAGUUGUAAAAUUAACCAACAGUUUCAUGCUUGUGCAGAAAAAUGCAUCCUCCCAGAUCUCAUCUCUGCUCCUGUCUCUGAUUUGAGGACAAACCGGUCGAUGUGAGCACCUCUUUGGAGAAAACAAAAUGCCAAGUCUUCUUUUUUUUUUUUUUUCAUAUUUCACCUCAAGGCAAAUCAAAUAACAGGCAGUGACACAAUUACAGAUUACAGCCCACAAAUUACAAUGUGUUUACGUCUUAAAAUCACAAUACUUUUAACAUGUGAGUGAAAUGGACAAGUCAAAAGAGGGGAAAAAGUUCGGCCUUUAAAAUGGAUCUUUAUUUCUUAAAGUGCUUAUUUAUGCAGAAUUUAUUUGAACUGUUUUUAAAUAAAGGUUUUGAUUAUUUAUUAUUAAGACGUUAUUUUAAAAAUCAUGAGUUAGAAAAGUGAAAAAUGCAUUUCAGUAAUGCCAGGUAAUUUCAAUUAGUUUAUGCCAUGUAAAUAAAAAGCAUAAUCCCUCCUACUAGACGUGGGUCACAGCUUUGUUCCCUGCACAAACCAGUGGAUAUGCAGUAAAUGCUGCUCACAGCUGAAUUACAAAGUAAUUUGUUGGCUGAAAUCUGGGAUUUUAGAGGAAAACAACACAGAAAACCCAUCAUUGAAGCAGUUUUGUUCAGUCGGUUUUGCCUCAGAAGUUUGCAUCUUAUUGUUGUAAAUUUUGUACAGUUUGAAAACGUGUAGAUUGUCUUGUUUCAUGAGCGCUAUUUAUUAUUAUGAUUAUUAUGAUUAUAUUAUUAUUAUUAUUGCCAUGUGUCUUUGAAAAAGAUGUAAAAGAGAGCACUGAAUCUAUUCAUUUAUGCCUUCUGUGUAAUGGUAUGAACCGUGUAAAGUUAAAUCUAUAUGAGGAAAAUAAAGCUGAAUUGUCUUUGGUUACCCCUCGAGUGAGUUUUUCUUUAUUUUUCACAGAGCUGGCUUGCAGUGAUGAAUGCGAGAGCUAAGAUUGCCAGGCGAGCUUUAUUUAUGACGCAUUUAAAGAAAAAUACAUCCUGUUGGUGUUUUUAUUAUUUUUGCCUUAUCGAAACGCUCUUCGAGCCAGUUAACCCACAAAUUCAUUUACCCAUUGAGAGCAUUUACCACACACUUAGGCCUCUAUUCAAUUGUGGAGAUCCAUUUAGUACCUCCAACAGGCACUGGUCAGUCAUUUAACAGUGAUCGAUGCUGUUUUCCUCUCUCGCUCUCCGAGAGUGGGGGUGACAAGAAAGAUGCAUGAAAAGAAACUAUAUGGGAGGACAGAGGGGAGGGGAAUAAAACAUGCACACAAACAGAUGCCUUGCUGGCUGCUUCUCUGAUCCUAUCAGUGCUGAGGAGACACUGGAGCAGAUUGCAGCACAGUCAAAUCUACCCUUAAUCCCUAGACUGUUAACUAAUCGUAGAGUGAUUUGUGAAAUAUGGCCAAACAUGCAUUGUAGUCAGUCAAAGAGAACGUGUCUCUUAUGAGAGUAAGACAGGAUUUUAAAUACAUUGUGCAUUAAAGCAGUGUUGAUUUUAAGCCAUCACGCUUUGAAGAUUUUCUCAAAGCUGACUAAAAUAAUUUCCUUUUGUGGCACAUUGUUAGAGAUGAAGAUAUUUCUUCUUGUUUUUCUGGAUCUCUGAGUCAGGAAUCAAACCCCAGACAUUUGUGUCAAGGACUAAUAGUCUGUAAACGAGGCUCCUGCUCUAUAGACAUGAAACUAUCUCUAAAGUCUUCACUAGUGUCUCACAUCUUUUUUCUCCCCUUGUGAUGCGACACAACUACUUGAAAGAUUUAUAAUUAUGUAGUACUUUGGAAAGGUAUUCAUACCUUUUUCACAUUUUGUUAUAUUAUAACCAAGAACUUCAAUGUAUCUUAUGAGGAUCUGACAUGAUUUUAAAAGAUUUUCACAAAUACUGUUGUAAUGAAGGUCUUCAUUACUGGUCAGGAUAACACUUUAAUUAUGUGCAAAUGAUAAUGAGACGGGUACAAAUAGAUUGAAGUAUUUUAUUGGGUGUUUUAUGCAGGGCAUCUCAGUGGGUAUUGAGGGUGUCCUGGGGGGAAUAAUAUAAAUGAAGUAGGUAUGGUAAUUAUGAAAUGUAUUACAAAUGUUUGUAGAUUAUGGCUUACCUCUGCCUGAACACCUGGUAAAGAUUCCGGAAGAGACCAAGUGCAGAUGGAAGAGGGGGAACAAAGCCUGAGGUAUUUUAGAAGUGAUGAAUAAAUUAAUAUUUAUAUGAGGGUAGUUUUAGAUAGCAAAUGAGUAUGUAACCAUGAAGUAUGUUUGUUAUUUAUGUGUUGAAGAUUGGUUGUUUUGUUAAGUUGUUUGGUGUAUAUGUGGUUUGUUCUAUCCUGUCUUUUAAGAAGUGUGUUAAUUGGUACCGCCCAGGAUUACAAAGCCUGCAUGUUGGCCACAUGAUAGGAAGUAAUAGGUGCGGGUGCUGCGACACCUCAUGACCAUGUAAGCAGGAAUGUCAUCUUUGUUAAAUGUUGGAGAUUAAAACACCUGGUUGGUUGCACUA